AUGCCGAGCUGGAGACCACUCCCGCGUAUCGCGUUCGCCAUAUGCAUAUACCCCUUCCAGCCCUCGUCGCCCGCCGACCUGCCCCUCGAAAUUGGCGAUGAGCUGUACAUAAUUGAACAGGGUGGGCAAGAUGGCGCCUGGUACCGCGGCUACUUGGUUGCGCCGCCCUCAUUGCUGGCUGGCCUGACGAGCGUCAAGGGCCAGACGCUCGAAGCGCGCGUCUUCUCGGGCAUCUUCCCACGCGUCUGUGUCGAGGUGCGCGAGGUUCUGGGCGACAGUAAAGACACGCCCUCCCAAGACACUGCAACCGAUGCCCGCCGUGCCAGCACCUAUCCACAGCACACCAACGGCGUCGUCACACCCACCGAGAGCACUCGCACCACCUCUCCGUUUGCAAAAGCCUCGACCGCUCAUGCCCGCCAAAGCUCAAAGAGCGAUGCCGUCUCCUCGCUGCCAUAUCCCACCACCGGCCGCCCACCCUCCAGCCGCAGAUCAAACAGAAAGCGCGCAGGCAGCACCCACUCGCAAUGGACUGCCCGCGAAGAGCAUCUGCAGCAAUUGGCCCUUCCCCUGUCGCCCAUAUCAGACCCAACCGCCCCACGACCCCCCGCGCCCGUACCCAUGCUCAAGAUUGGCGACGAGACACCCACAUCCGCCCAGGAGCCCUUGGUAGACGAAAUCGCCUCGUGCCUGCGAGAAUGGCAUUCGACAAAGGUGCACGAGCUCCUGCUUGCACGCAAAUAUGGCUCGCUGGACAAAAUGUCCACGCUCGUCAACACCCUGGACACGGCACGCCGCCAACUGUUGCACAAGGUGCUCACCGCAAAGGAACUGGAAAAGGUGCGGGAAGAAACCGUCUGGGAUCUAGUUGCCGGCAACAAGAUGCUGUGUGGGGAUGUCAUUGUGCGCAGCCCUUCGCAGCGCGGGCGCAUCUUGACAGGCGACGACUCGGCCAUUGAGAUUACCAAGUUGCAGUCAAUGAUGAGCCUUCUCGACAGCCGGCCCACUCCACAGCUCGAUGAGCACAAUCUGCACCACUUGUUCGUCAGUCUCAAGCAUGUGGCGGGCGACGUUGUGCCUGGAGCGGCUCAAAUAUGCAUGCACCUGUGUCUCAAGACACCUGGUACUGCACCACAACCCCUCUCAGAGGCCUACUCUUUCGACCUGACUAACAAAGACGGGACAGCCGUGUCUUUGGCUGGCGACAAGCUGCGCGCACUGCUCGUAGAUCUCAGCCUGACGGACAUUGGCGAAGGCGCGGGGUCUGGCUCCACGCUAUAUCUCGUCUUUCGACUCACCACCAAUGAGCCUCUGCGCUCGUCCUCAGCCGGCGAGAAGGGCGGCUCAAGUAGGGAAACGACUCCGAGCAAGACAUCCGGGGUGCAGCCUUCCCAACAAGGAAGCAUCAAGGGCGGCAGGCGCAGCGUCAUGUUUGGCGGAUCAAAGAGGAAGGAGUCAGUCAACUCACGACAAACUGACUCGUCUGAAGAGCGCCGACAUCAAAGCUUCGACCAGAGCCGCUCCCAGACAGCCGAGCCACGUCCGGGGUCGGCUGCAACUGCAACCACACGAGCAAGGGCUCUGUCUCGAGAUCAGAAGACGCUAAAAAGAACAGUCGCAGUUGGCGUCGUCCCCGUAAACCAAGUCUUGCAGUCACGCUCCGAAGCAGACCGCACUGUUGCCAUGUUUUGUACCGCAGCAUCUGGUGAAGAUGUUUCCGAAGAUGGGGGUGACUGGGACAGUAUACUCCCUGAGAUAUACCCUAGUGCCAGUGGGCAGUAUACGCGGGAUCCCCAUAUUAGCCGCAUCACCAUACACCUCAAGGCCUUUGUCGAGACCGAUGCUGAGCGGCUCAUUCAAAAGGUCCCGACAGUGCUUCACAACAUCAAGCAGUGUCGGAAGAUUGGCUUCUCAGGUGCUCCAACUAAACCCCGUAGUGACAUCUACCUGACACUGGUCGAGCCUUUCCUUCCAAAAAACGCCUUUUUGGCUCACCCAAAGACUGGCUCUGUUCCAUUGGGACAAACUUCUCCUAUGAGCAACUUGCAGCUCACUAUCGAGGUUCGGAAGAGCUCUGGAGAACGCAUUGAAGGCUGCAUCUAUCCGUCCACCAACAGUGCAGGCCACACAGCAUGGCGCACAACAGCAGCUCAACGAGGCGAAGGCUGGAACUCGACCAUCCGGCUUGCCAUUGAUCCUCAAGACGUGCCUGGUUCACACCUAGUCAUGAGCGUUGCUGACGCGCCUGGAUUCCCAUUUGCCCUAUGCUGGAUGCCACUCUGGAACCAGGACGCCUUUGCCCGCGAUGGCGACCACGCCUUGACCUUGUACAAAUACGAUGAAUACACCUCGGGUAUGAUUGCUGGCAAAGGCGCCUACCUUGGACUACCAUGGAGCGCUAAGAAGAAGGAUGAGCAUGUCAUGGGUCCAAUGGCUGCCGUUCACGUCAAAACCUUUCUCUGCAGCACAAAAUACUCUCAAGACCCGACAAUAUUAGGUCUCAUCAAGUGGCAAGAACAACCACCAGGUGAACUCGUAGGGUUACUACGCCGAUUCAAUUUCGUCCCAGAGAUUGAAAUCGUCAAGCUUUUAAGUGAGGUCUUCGAUGCCCUCUUUGCUAUCCAGAGCCAUUAUGCUGGCAGUGAUGAGUACGAGGAUUUAGUUUUCAACGCCGUUGUGAUUGUCCUGGGAAUCGUUCAUGACCGACGCUUCAACCUCGAGCCCCUUGUGGAUCAGUACGCUCGGACUAAGGUGUUCCACUCGCUCGUCACUUCAUGUCUGAUGCAAAGUCUCGGUCGACUUCUAGCCAAACCUACCGACCCAGAGAGUUCCCGGAGGCUACGUGCGACUUUCAAGGUUGGCAAACUAAUCAUGAAGUUCCUGGUCAACGCUCGAGAGAGGCAAAAGGCAAAGGAGGAGAGCAUCGGCAUCAAGGACAGAGCCCAGUUCAGCAAGGAAAUGAAGGUGCUCUUUACAUCUCUCGAAUCCCUGAUGAAGAACCAAUCACCUGUUCUCAUCGGCACCAAGACCAUUUUAGUCCAAAACCUUCAUGCUUGGAUCACGGAGCUAGAAGGAUGCAUGCCUGCUACAGAAGUCUUCAAGCUGACUGCUGGGUUCAUCGAAUCCUCUUCCGAUGUACAGGGCAAGCUUAUCCUCUACAAGCUCGUUCUGAUUCAUCAUCUGUCGGAUCUUCAAAUCUUCCGCCCGCCUGAAGUACGCCGCAUGCUCUUAGCAAGCACGGUGCAGUGGCUAGCGCCAUACUGGGGUAGAGUAGAGACCGUCACCGACCAGUGGAAGGACCAAGUACGCCUCUGCUGCUCAGUGGUAGCAUCGCAGGUGGAUGAACUUGGAAAGGAAGCUCCCGAGUACAUGCCAAAACUGGUCGAAUCAUACCGUGCCAUACAAGCCACUCCUCGGCCACCUAAGAAGACGCUCUCUCUAUUGUUUCCUACAAGCUACCCUUUCCAGACACGGCCCACGACUGCUGAGGCUUCGUUUGACGAGGCUAUGGCUGAGAUUUCGGCUGUCCUUGCAGCAAUGUCGAGUCUACCCUCACUCCUACACCCAGAGUGGCCCAAGGAGGAGACAGCUGAAUUUUUGUUUUCGGUGUUGCAGGUGUACAUUUCCAUUCUCGAUUGCGAGGCGUUUCCCAGCUCCUGGCUGAGUGUGCACAUCUACCACCACAAGGCCACCAUGCGUGCAUUAGAGAAACUCUUCAACAUCCUAUCCGACUCUUUUCUUCCUCUUCCUGAUGAGGCUGACCGCUUCAGCACGGAACUGUGGCGCGCAUUCUUCGAUGCGUUGCUAAAGCUUGUGGGCAGUGAUGCGCUUGCGUUGGAAACAUUCCCAGAGCAGAAGCGUCGGGCUGUGUGGAAGAUCGCUGGCGAUGUUCGUGAACACGGCGCGGAUUUGCUGCAACGUAGUUGGGAGACCAUUGGCUGGGAGGCGACCGCCGAAGACAAGGCCCAGUACGGACUUGACAAGAUGGGUGGCUUCCAAGUGCAAUAUGUGCCCGGGCUGGUCGCACCCAUUGUGGAGCUUUGUCUCAGUGUUCAUGAAGGUCUGCGCAGUGUAGCUAUUGAAGUGCUGCAAACGAUGAUCAUCAGCGAAUGGACGUUGAGUGAAGACCUGGCUCUUAUACAGGCCGAGAUGAUUGAUUGCUUGGACAACCUGUUCAAGACAAAACACCUAACUGAAGCCGUCUCGCAGAAACACUUCAUUCAGGAGCUGAUUGAGCUUUUUGAGCCUCUUGCCCACAACCCUGAAGAAGAGUUGCUUGGGGCCUUGAAGAACCUCAUCUCCACUGUUGAUGAGCUGCUUGACCUGCUCGUUGCUGUGCACAGCACCGAGGCCACUGGAGAGAUUUUCCACAUCAUGGACACACUGCACUUAAUGGAGUUCUUGAAGGACAUGCAGAAGGAAGACAUGUACAUCCGCUACGUACAUCAGCUUGUUGAACUUCAGGCCGACGCUCAGAACUACACCGAGGCAGGACUUGCGCUCCGAUUGCAUGCUGAGUUGUAUGACUGGGAUCCAAACUUGACUGUAGACCCACUUACAGACCCGAGCAUGCCACCUCAGUCUGCAUUUGAGCGAAAGGAACAACUCUACUUCCAGAUGAUCGACCACUAUGAGACCGGACAGUCAUGGGACAACGCGUUGGCUGCUUACAGGGAGCUUGCGACACAAUACGAACACAACAUCUUCGAUUUUGCGAAGCUUGCACGAACUCAGCAUGCCAUGGCUAAGAUCCACGAAAGUAUCGCCAGGGGCGAGCGCCCCAACCCCCGCUACUUCAGGGUGGUGUAUAGGGGUCUAGGAUUUCCUCCUGGAUUGCGGGACAAGCAGUUCAUCUUUGAAGGAUCAUCCAAUGAUCGAUUGGCCUCGUUCACAGAUAGAAUGCAACAACAGCAUCCUUCAGCACAGGUCAUCAAUCCCGGUGCAGAAGUAGACGUCGAAGGCCAGUACCUGCAAAUCUACCCGGUCAGCCCACAGAAGGAUCUGACACAUCCAAUCUACCAACGAGCAAAGGUGUCUCAAUCCGUCAAGGACUACUACCUGCUAUCUCGACCAUCUCACUUCACGUCAGCAUCUCGUCGUUCGCCAUCAGCCUUCAACCCGAGAGAGGCAACUGCAGAGAAGAGCCUCUACACCACAGCCGAGAGCUUUCCAACAAUCCUACGAAGAAGUGAAAUCGUUGCUGUAGGCACUGUGACACUUACGCCACUGCAAAUGGGCAUUGAGCGCACAUCACGCAAGACAGUAGAGCUCCUUGCUAUUGAAAAGCGCAUUGCAGAUGGCGACGACACUGCUUUCAACAUGCUCACUCAAGAACUCAUGUAUGCUGUCGAUACGAAUUCACGAGACUGCGUGGCCAAUUAUCACGACCUGCUCCCGCCACUGGAUCAUGCAGAAGACGAUGAUGAGAUGUCCCAACCUAAUCCUUUGGAGAAUGCUAUGAGAGUUGCCUUGAUUGAUUAUGCUCUCGUUAUUCGCCGCUGCUUGUCGCUAUAUGUGAGGCCUGCUCAGCAAGCCACCAAAGCAGACCUUUCACAACGAUUUGAGGCGGCCUAUUCCCGAGAACUAUCCGCUCUAUUGCCUACAAACAUUGCUCCGGCGACACGGUCCCCUACUGGCUCAUGGCUGGCGGCAGCUACGUCGCGUUCACGAGUAGCAAGUCCGGCACCUGACGAAAAGACAGCCAAUGGAGACAAGGUAGCACCACCAGUACAAAAUGGUCGGUCUUCCCGACAAGACAAAAAAAGACACAGUCUAGCCUUUUUGACCAAAGAUUUCCUCUUGGGGGAAUCGGAGAAAGACAAGGAAAAAGAGAAGGAAAAGGAAAAGGACAAGGACAAGGAUCUCAAGGUGGAAAAACCGACAAUUGACGACGACGCUUCAACCACAGUCUCGUCGGGUAGCCGCAACAAGGAACCAUCGAGCCGCCAUCGACUGAGCUUGAACUUCCUCAAUUCUACACCAAGCUCGCCACAGCCAGAGGCGUUGCCAAGCUUCCCAAGUAAUGGCCGAUCGAACAUGAGUGACAGCAGCCUCCCGCGCCAGUCGAGCGCGCCACGACCAGACACGGUCAAGAGCCAGAAGAGCGAUAAAUCACUAGCGUCGCGAUCAGGCAGUGUGAAGAAGAGACUCAGCUUCAUGAACAUUUCGAAGAAGAGUAGCAAGACUAGCGUGCGGGGGCGUGUUGAUGAUACCCUGAUGGAGGAGUAA